UUAAGAUUCUCCUCUAGAACCUCUCAUCACUCUAAACACACAAUGGCGAAUUUGAAGCUUGUGUUCACCAUCAGUUCCAUUCUUCUAGCAUUGGUGUUUUCCAAUGGAGUUGUGGGAAGGCCAAUGAAAAAGGGGCACGUGACAACCUACGAGAACAUGGUCAAAGAAUUGGGUGCAGCCGCAGGAGAUAGUGUUCCCCUGUGGCGCCGCAGCAUCAUGGAGAAUGCACCGGACUCCCACAGUCCACAUGAUGGUGGUGACGGCAGAGUUGAAAAAUGGAUCGAUGAUUUCCGACCGACGGAUCCAGGUCACAGUCCCGGUGCUGGCCAUUCCUCCCCAACCCCCAAGGGUCCAAGGCCAUAGGGUCUACAUAUCAUAUCAUGCUCCUGCAUUGGUUACCUUCAUGCAUUAAUUAAUAGUAGUAUUUCAUUGUUCAUUAUGCAAACAAUAUGGCUAAUUAUAUAUCUAUGUCAUAAAACAGGGGGUUAGGUUCGAUCUUUAAAAGAAGAAAAAAUUAAUUUCAAUAUCAUGUGUAUUAUUAGUGUUGUAUUCUCUAAAUAAAAUUAGACUUUCCAUACAUUAGUAAUCAAUAUUUAUAAAUAUUAUUGUGAUAAAAUUCUAAUUUUUAUUAGAGAACAACAUCAAUAAUAUUUAUAAUAUUGUAUUUAAGUAUUUUCUUUUUAGAAUUUGUGUGUAUUAAAAGAUAUUUGUUAGAAAAGUUUAGUGAUACCUUUUAGGCUGAAAAAAAAAAUCAUAGAUGAUGCUUUGUGGGUACUUUUUAGGUCUUUUAAUUUGUGUAAUUGUAAAUUAUGUCACUAUUGCUAGCAUCUUGGAAAGGCAGCAAUUGUUUUUUAGUUCUCAGUUUGUUUUUAUGUCUUCUGUUGAAUA